UGUUAAAGAUGCAGCUAGACUUUAUUUUACUUGAAAAUCAACUUCCUUUCUUCAUUAUUGACAAAUUAUUUGACCUUGCACUUCCAUCUAUGCCGCCAGGAUCCCCUUCGUUCGUUGAUCUUACCUUUGACUACUUUUAUUAUUACAACAGAGAAAAAAUGUCUCCCGAUCCUGAAUUGGAAAUAUUGCAUUUCGCUGAUUUGCUAAGAAAAUUUUACCUGCCUCCUCGCCUACCAAACAGAAUGCCUAAAAGAAUUGAACAUAUGUACACUGCAACCCAGCUGGUUGGGGUAGGAUUGAAGUUUGAGGCGGAUCGUUCAAGCACUUGUUUACUUGACCUUCACUUAGACUAUAAGAAGGGAGUGUUGAAAAUCCCACAGUUUAUCUUGGAGGAUGGCACUGAGCUUUAUGUGCGAAACAUCUUGGCUUUGGAGCAAUGUCAAUAUCCAAGUCAAGCAUAUGUUACUGAUUAUUUCAUCUUGUUCAAUUUCCUUCUCAACGAUGAAAAAGAUUUGGAUGUACUUCGUCGGCAGGGGAUCUUGGUUAAUGGGUUUGGUAACAAGCAUGUAACUAAUUUCAUCAACAAUCUGGGCACAGGUAUGAUUUAUUCAAACAUGAGCUCCAAAUAUUGUGAUAUUUAUAUCAAAUUGAAAAUGUUCUACGAGGAGCCUGGUUGGCUGGAAUACAUGAGACGAAAUUAUUUUGGCACAGCUCUUCGGGCGGUCGCUUCUACUGUUACAAUCCUCACUUUGAUACAAACAGUGUGCUCUAUUAUCUCUGUAGUACCGCAUCACUAAAGUUUGUGUAUUUGUAACUGUACGUACUGGAUUGCAUUGUGAUUUCAUUUCUUUUUUUCGAUUUUUUGUUUUUAUUGUAUUGGGAGUCAGAGGCUUGUGCUAGGAUUAAUGUUAGUGCUG